GUAAAGUCCCUGGAGGGGCUGCUCAAGAGCGCUGGGGUUCGAAAUAACAUGUGGACAAACUGUCAUCCAGAGCUCCCUCACCUGCAUCACACCUGAAGCUCCUGGAUCCUGACAUUCAACUAUCAUUUACCCAUAGCCUUCCCAUAUUACCACACCCACAAAGAUCCUCAAACCUCGGUGCAGCUCGCCCCCUCGAUCAUAUCAUUGCUACGAACCUAGCUAUCUAUUGGGUUUACCUGCCAUCGUGCAAUCGCCAGCUAUAAUCCGCACAAUGGCCGACGAGGAAAGGGCAAAGGCUGAGAAGCUGGCUGCAGCCAAGAAGAGGGUCGAAGAGAUGAAGAAGAAGAAGAAGAAGGCAGGCGCCGCCGCAAAGAAGGAAAAGGACGCGAGCGCCACAAAAGAAGACGACAACAACAAUGAGCCCACGACCGAGGCUCCCGAGCCGGAAACAGAGACAGAGCCGGCUGCCGCAGCUGCCGACCGAGAUGAUGAGGCUGUUGAAGAACCCAGCUCCCCGAGACAGACCGCUUCGCAGCAGUCCAAGAUGCGCUCGGCCUCGUUCCGCGCCGCUUCCAUCUCUGGAAGUCCUGCACAUCCUGGUCCCUUGUCGCCGCCGGCUGAUGGGGAGACUGCCGCCGACAUCUAUCGCAAGCAGGUGGCGCGUAUUGAGGAUCUUGAGAAAGAGAACAAGAGGCUCGCCAACGAGGCUGCCGGCUCUGAGAAGAGGUGGCAGAAAGCCGAGGAGGAAUUGACCGAGUUGAAGGAGUCUGAUGGCAAGACAGGCAGCAGUGACGGCGCCGAGCUUGAGAGAUUACAAGCAGAGCUCACGGCACUCCAGCGCCAAAACGCACAGCUUCAAUCGGCUGCUGCAAAGAGCCGCGGUCACGGUCCAUCGCCCUCUGUUUCCACAGCCUCGCCGCCCUCUGCCGAGCUUCAAGCUCAACUCGCUUCAAAAUCCGCCACCAUCGAAACCAUGGAGCUCGAGCUUUCGAGGCUGCGCGCACAGGCUGAACGUCGCGCGAGCGAAGGUGGAACCGACAAGGAGCAGAUCGCCGCGCUCGAGGAGAAGCUCGCUCGCGCCGAAGAAGCCGCUUCCAAAGCCUCUCGCGAGCUCCAAGAUCUGAAGCGUAACCUGGAGAGGACCAGCGAGAAGGCCAUCAAGGAGAGCAGCAGUCGCACCAGCGCCGAGACCAAGGUCAGGACUCUGGAGCAGGAGAACGAAACCCUUACAGCAGAGAAAGAGGAGCUGCAAAAGAAGCACGAUGCACUCGACAAGAAAGUCGCCGCACUCGGUAACCUGCACAAGGAGAACGAUUCACGGACGCAGGCUCUGAGAAAGGAGAAAGAGGCUGCGGAAAAGGAAGUCUUGGACCUCAAGAAUAAAGUCGAACACCUUGAGGCAGACAACGCGCGACUGCGGAAGAAGGACGCUGCCGAUGGGGGUGGUGACGAUGACGGUGUCGAUGAGCUCGAGGACGAGGGACGCCAGAGGCUGGAGAAGAAAAUCCGCGGCCUCGAGUCCGAGAUCUACGACCUGCGCCGUGGCAUCUGGCACCAGAAGCGCAGGGACAUGGAGACCGGCGCCGAGGACUUGGCGUCGCCCGGAGGCGAUUUUACGAACAUCGACCUCUCUGGCCCCGUAUCACCCAACGCGCGCAAGCAGUCGCAGCAGAAGGGCUUUGGCGACUUCUUCGCUUCGGGCCUCAAUGCGCUCACCGGCGGCACCACGCCAGGAGGCGGAGAUGCGGGCGAUGACGAGGGCUUCCUCGAAGACGACGAUAUGGAGUUUGACGAGGAUGCUUUCAGGAAGGCACAGGAGGAAGAUUUCAAGAGGAGGAUCGAGAGAAUCAAGGAGAUCAAGCGCGGCUUGAAGAAUUGGGAGGGCUGGAGGCUGGACCUCGUAGACUCCAGGCGCGGCGGAGGCUACGGCAUCGGCGAGGUCUUUGAGAUAUAAGUUCCGCAGCGAGGUAGCCGCUCCUGUAUAAAUGUAUUCAAUGAAGUGCAUGAAUAGACUUGAAGCGUGUGUUUCUGUUU